CCUCCCGCGAAUCUGUAACUUUCACUAUGAUAGAAACCAACUCAUCUCUGGAUAGAAAUGUGAGGUACUUCGUAUGAGAUUGACAUGGACGAGUGUGAAAUUGGAUCUAAGCUCAAUGGCAGCAACGACGUUCGGUUAAAUCCUAUGAGAUGAUACACUACGCAGUAAAUGGUAACUUGACACAUCCUUUAUUUGUCGUUUAAAUAAAGUUUGUUCAAAUAUUAAGUACAAAAAAACAAUCAGUGAUGCCACGGUAAACGUUCCAAACAAGAAUAGUUGUUGAGAACUUGGAGAUUUCAUGCGGUAAGAGUAACGAGAGGUUAGGAGCGUAGUACAAUCGACAAUCGACUACAGAAAAAUGGAAAUUUCUCCUAAAAUUCAAAAAUUGGAUCAGACGGUAGUAAACAGGAUUGCAGCUGGUGAGGUUAUCCAACGGCCAGCCAACGCAUUGAAAGAAUUGAUCGAAAAUAGCCUCGAUGCACGAGCUAAUAACAUUCAAAUCCUUGUCAAAGAGGGUGGACUAAAAUUGCUGCAAAUUCAAGACAAUGGAACCGGAAUUAGAAAGGAGGACAUGGAGAUCGUUUGUGAAAGGUUUACAACCAGCAAAUUACAAAAGUUUGAAGAUCUGAGAUCGAUAUCUACGUUCGGAUUUCGAGGAGAAGCUUUGGCAAGCAUAAGCCAUGUUGCAUUGUUGACAAUUAUGACAAAAACUGCUGAUGAAAAAUGUGCAUAUAAAGGAUCGUACAUUGACAGUAAAUUAAAUGGGCAGCUGAAACCUUGUGCUGGAAAUCAAGGUACAACGAUAACAAUUGAAAAUUUAUUUUACAAUGUUUCUACACGGCGAAAGGCACUGUCAAAUAUAUCCGAAGAAUUGAAUAAAAUCGUAGAAGUUGUUACCAAAUAUGCAAUCCAUAAUCCUGCAGUAGCAUUUAUGUUAAAAAAACAAGGAGAUUUAACUCCACAGAUACGAACAAUGUACAACUCGACAAAAGUAAAUAAUAUUCGAAAUCUCUAUGGAAAUUCUAUUGCUCGAGAGCUCCUUGAGAUAGAACAUGCACAUGAAAAAUAUAAAUUUAAAAUGCAAGCUCUUGUGACGAACCCCAAUUAUUCGAGCAAGAGGUUAAUAUUUCUCUUAUUUAUCAAUCACAGGCUUGUUGAGUCGACAUCUAUCCGAAAAAUGCUGGAAGAUUUAUACUCGAUAUAUAUCCCAAAGAGGACACAUCCGUGGUGUUAUUUGUCUCUAGAAAUUAAUCCAAAUAAUAUCGAUGUCAAUGUACACCCAACAAAGCAUGAGGUUAAAUUCCUUCAUGAAGAUGCAAUAAUUGAACAAAUAAAACUUGCUUUAGAUGAGAAACUAGCUAAUAACAGUGCUGCAAGAACCUUUUAUAUGCAAGCAAGAUUACCAGAUGUGAAUAUACCAAAGGAGGUCUUAGAAGAGAUUUUACCAGAAUACCAAAAAGAGAAUUCAGGAAAAUCAAAGAAAACUCAUGCCCGGGAAAUGAUUAGAACCAAUUCUAAUGAUCAGAAACUUGAUAAAUUUAAUUUUACGGUACAUUCUGCGAUGAAACAUAGCAGAAUUAAUUCCAGUAACUCAGAAAUUAAUAUUAAUGACAAUAGAUCAGGGUUGAUUAAUGUCGUUUUUUCCACUGUAGAACAUGCAAUAAAUUCUAAUAAACAAUUUGAAAAGGGGAACGAAUUUCAACUUGAGAGAAAUGCUGGAAAUAAAAAUGAUAAGAAGACUGUAUCUAAAACUGAAAAUAAUGCUGAAAAGGAGAUUGAAUCAACUGAUGACGUUGAGGAUAGUUUUAGUGGAAUUUUAGAUGAACCAAUGCAAUCUAUCCAAGUUCUAAAAUCUAUUAAUGAUACUUCUGUAAAUUACCCAUGUACAUCGAUACAAUCCGAUACGGCACAAGUUAUCCCUUCAGUCCCAAAUAAUAUUGAUUUGUGUGAAUCUAUGGAUGUGUACAUGCAAGAUAAGCAGAAUAAGAUGGAACUUGACACAGGUAACGACAGCACAAAUAAUGUUGCAAAUAAAGCAUUGAAAAGAGUUUAUCAAUACUUUAACAAUGGAAAUGUUAUAGAUCAUAAAAAGAAAAUCAGUGAAAAAAAUCAGAAAAUGUAUACUAAUGAAAGGAUUACAGUGGAUAAUAUUUUAAUAACAUCAAAUAAAAUUCAGAAUGAAAGAGUAAACGAUGUUGAGAUUUCAAAUGUUAUUCAAGAACAACUUUGUAAGGGAAACAUGGUGCAAGAACCAACGACUUCACCAGAACAAUCAGAUACUCUAAACAAAAAAGAAAACGAGGCACAGAACUCAGGAUUUAAAUCAUAUUCAGUGAAUCAUUUCAGACAUGAAGUAAAACUGAUUAGUGUCUUGAAUUUACGCAAGAUGGUAGAAGAUACUUAUCACCAAGGCCUUAGAGAAAUUUUAUCAAAUAUGACCUUUGUUGGUUGCGUUGAUGAAACUUCAGCUCUAAUUCAAAGUGGCGUUAAUCUGUAUAUUUGCAAUACUCAAAAAUUAGCUGAGGAGCUCUUUUACGAGAUAAUGCUGUAUGACUUUGCAAACUAUGGAGUAAUAAAAUUUACGGAACCACUACCUUUGUACGAUAUUGCAAUGUUGGGUUUAGACUUGGAAGAAGCAGGAUGGACAGAAGAAGAUGGAAAAAAGGAAGACUUGGCAGAAAGUGUGAAAGAAUUAUUACUGGAGAAGACGGAUAUGAUGAAGGAGUAUUUUUCUGUUGUCAUUGACAAGGGAGGAAACUUAAGAUCUUUACCAAUACUGUUAGAUAAAUAUUUUCCAAGCGAAGCAGAAAUUCCACUAUAUAUUUUGAGAUUAGCUACAGAAGUAAACUGGAAAAAGGAACAACCUUGUUUCAAUGAUAUUUGCAGGGAAACUGCCAGAUUUUAUAGCCGUAUCGAUAGAAACAGCAAAAUUUAUGAUUGGAAAUAUGUUACAGAACAUGUCUUAUAUGCGGCUAUUAAAGGAAGUUUGUUGCCACCGAAUCAUUUUGCUCAUGACUCGACGAUACUGCAAAUAGCUAGUCUACCUAAUUUAUAUAAAGUUUUUGAAAGAUGUUAAAAAGAUAAUAAUUUUUUAAAAGUAUUUCAAUGGUAUUAAUAACUAAGAAUCUGAACACAAUGUACACAAUUUAUAUUUUUUACAUUAGAGAGUACUUAAUUACAUUAAGCUUGUUUUCAUCCCAUAUGAAUUCCAGGAAAUGUCACUAGUGUAAUACAAAUAUUUUAUUCCACAACAUAUAAUAACGGUGUAAAUAUGACAUGACAUAAUGUAAGGAAUAUAUUCAUAGAUCUGA